ACAAGGGAAAAAAAAAACAGAGAGAAAACUGCACCAGUGACUGUUCUGUUUGCUUUCUUUUGUGGAGCAGCCGCAAUCAAUCGAAAACCAAAGCAAACACUGCUUUUUGGCGCAGAUUUUUCACUGACCAAAUCGCCAUGGCUCCUCUCGCCGAGAAAUCCGAUGCUUCUGCGGAAGCCAUAGCUGGAAACGAACCUCAAGACCGUCCUAUUUCCACCGCCCUCAUCAUCAUCGCUAUGCAGACGGAAGCGCUUCCCGUGGUCAACAAGCUCCAGCUCACAGAGGAUCCUAACCCUCCGUUCCCAAAUGGAGUGCCUUGGGUCCGCUUUUAUGGUACUUACAAGGAUCUUCAGAUCAAUUUGGUUUGGCCAGGAAAAGAUUCAUCUUUGGGGGUUGAUAGUGUAGGCACUGUUUCUGCAUCUCUUGUUACUUAUGCUUCUAUCCAAGCAUUGAAGCCGGACCUAGUCAUCAAUGCUGGAACUGCUGGUGGCUUCAAAGCCAAAGGAGCAAGCAUUGGAGAUGUGUUUAUUGCAUCUGAUGUUGCUUUCCAUGAUAGAAGGAUACCUAUUCCUGUUUUUGAUCUUUAUGGAGUUGGUUUACGACCAGCCUUUCCAACACCCAAUCUUCUGAAGGAACUUAACCUAAAGGUUGGGAAAUUGUCUACUGGUGACUCUCUAGAUAUGUCGCCAAAGGAUGAAGCAUCAAUCAUCACAAAUGAUGCUACGCUCAAAGACAUGGAAGGUGCGGCUGUGGCCUAUGUAGCAGAUCUUUUCAAAGUGCCUACAAUAUUCGUUAAAGCUGUCACUGAUAUAGUGGAUGGUGAGAAACCAACUGCAGAAGAAUUCUUGCAGAAUUUGGCAGCAGUAACAGCAGCUCUUGAUCAAACUGUCGAACAAGUUGUUGAUUUCAUCAAUGGAAAGUCCCUCUCUGAACUUUGAUUCGUCUAAUCACACUCGCAUUGGUCCCAUGGACCUCCAUUUCUAUGGCAUGAGAAUUAACAGAUAAUUGUUAUUUGAAUGGGCUGGUCAAACAGCAAAAGUUCAUAGUUCAAAGGUAUAUGUUUGCACAUGAACAAAUAUAUCGUGAUUCUACUACUGUUUUUUUGUCCCUCA